AUAAGCUUUAUUGAACAAGGUUUCGGGCAAUCCGCGCCUCUUCUUCCCAACGUAAACCGACGGAUUUUGGUCCGGCUUUUCUCAACGUUUUCACGGCGAUUUCCCAAGUUUUCCACCGGAAAACCGGCCACGGCAAGGGAGAAUCUCGACGAAAGGACAUCAGUGCCAUAUUUUAUCAAAAAUGACUGACAGGAAGGCAGUUAUAAAAAAUGCUGACAUGACCGAAGAGAUGCAGCAGGACGCAGUGGAUUGUGCGACGCAAGCUUUAGAAAAAUUUAAUAUUGAAAAGGACAUCGCAGCGUUUAUCAAAAAGGAGUUCGACAAGAAGUACAACCCGACCUGGCACUGCAUCGUCGGUCGAAACUUCGGCAGCUACGUCACACACGAGACAAGGCACUUCAUCUACUUCUAUCUCGGACAAGUCGCGAUUCUUCUAUUCAAGAGCGGUUGAGAAUCUCACGAAGAUUAAAAGAAAAGAAAAAUCUUUAUCUUUUCAUCACUUUUUCCCCUUUUUCCGUUUAUUAAGUGUAACAAACGAGGUGAUGAUUCAUUCAAAAUCGUAACAACUAAUCUAUUUAUUUUCCGAAAUAUCUCUUUGUCGAUGUUGCCCAGACUUCAAUUUAAAAAAUGUAAUGAACAUUCCUUGCUAACUGUUUCUCCUCUUUCAUGUUUUCCCCUUUGAUUGUUCAGAUUUACAAAGACAAAUCUCGUUGUCUUUGUUACCUUCUUGUUAAAACGUCUUUAUAAGAAAGACUACUUUAUCUUUUAAUUGUUCAGACUUUGAAUUGAAGAUUUUUGUCUAUUUUCUAUCCGAUUGAAAUUUUAUUUUUAUUUAAAAAAACUACAAACUACAUUUUAUUUUUCACUUCUUUUUCUCACGUUGUUCCCCAUUCCAUUGUUGUUUUAUCCGUCAACAUAUUAAUAAUUAUUGUUUGCCAUUAAAAUUUUUAUAUAAGUUGAACUUUAAUUUAGUAAAAAUAAAAAAAGCAAAUUGGCUAUUUUAUUUGAAAAAUAAAAUUAAUCCAAUUUUUAUUAUUAUAUUUACCUCCCAUCCAACAAAUACAUGGUAACCUGAUAUAUUUAUUAUUUGUUACUAAAACGAUUUUUUAAAAAAGCACAAGCAAAACUUAAUUCCAACCUUAACACUAACUUAUGGCCUAAUCUUGCCUUGAUAAUUAAUCACGACCUAUAUAGUUUGUACACAGUUUUAAAUUAAAACUAGGUGGUUGAAUAGA